AUGGCUCAGGCUGCAUCUCAGAUCAGAAGAAGCGAUUGUGGACACCUCUGUUUGAAGACAAAGAAGCUUAAGAAGAGGAAGAUCAGACAAGCCCAGCGGCAACUGAAAAAAAGAGCUCGGCAGCUUCACACCACACCGUGUGGAAUUCAUCAUUUUGCAGGUACAGUAUCUGUCUUUAUUUCAAGUGUUGGUGAUCAUAACAGACAGUGUGUUAGGGUAAGAGACAGACAGUGUGUUAGGGUAAGAGACAGACAGUGUGUUAGGGUAAGAGACAGACAGUGUGUUAAGGUAAGAGACAGACAGUGUGUUAGGGUAAGAGACAGACAGUGUGUUAGGGUAAGAGACAGACAGUGUGUUAGGGUAAGAGACAGACAGUGUGUUAGGGUAAGAGACAGACAGUGUGUUAGGGUAAGAGACAGACAGUGUGUUAAGGUAAGAGACAGACAGUGUGUUAGGGUAAGAGACAGACAGUGUGUUAGGGUAAGAGACAGACAGUGUGUUAAACUAAGGGACAGGCAGUGUGUUAAGGUAAGAGACAGACAGUGUGUUAGGGUAAGAGACAGACAGUGUGUUAGGGUAAGAGACAGACAGUGUGUUAGGGUAAGAGACAGACAGUGUGUUAGGGUAAGAGACAGACAGUGUGUUAAGGUAAGAGACAGACAGUGUGUUAGGGUAAGAGACAGACAGUGUGUUAGGGUAAGAGACAGACAGUGUGUUAGGGUAAGAGACAGACAGUGUGUUAGGGUAAGAGACAGACAGUGUGUUAAGGUAAGAGACAGACAGUGUGUUAGGGUAAGAGACAGACAGUGUGUUAAGGUAAGAGACAGACAGUGUGUUAAGGUAAGAGACAGACAGUGUGUUAGGGUAAGAGACAGACAGUGUGUUAGGGUAAGAGACAGACAGUGUGUUAAGGUAAGAGACAGACAGUGUGUUAGGGUAAGAGACAGACAGUGUGUUAGGGUAAGAGACAGACAGUGUGUUAGGGUAAGAGACAGACAGUGUGUUAAGGUAAGAGACAGACAGUGUGUUAAGGUAAGAGACAGAGAUAGUUAAAUGAUGGGUCAGAGUCAUAUAAUCCCCACUGCAGUCAGGGUUCUGUUGCUAUGGCAACACUGCACUUCAGAGUAGAUCUG